GAUACAUCGUUUUAGUCCUAGACGAUCUUUGUCAGGCUGGUAUUUGCUCUCCUCCAUCAUCAAACAGUGUAAACCGCAGAUGGACUGAUCUGGUGGGUCUGGUAGCAGGGAGAAGAGAGGACGACGACGAACAUAUUACUACAAGAAACGCUGGAAAUUACGCUUUUCUGUCGUGUUCUUCUGGUGGGAAUUUGGAGUCCAACUAUUACGAUGAAAUAGUGUUGAAAGUAUUCCCACACACACUGGAGGAGUCACAGAAAGAAGGAGAAAGGUCGGCGGUUGUGAUGUUGGUCUGAAUCUGAUCGGCUUCCUCUGCUUCAAGACUACAUUUCCCAUGGAGCAGUGCACUGACACACACACUGUUCUACCAUGGAGCCACCAGUCAGGGUUUUGGACGCAAAGAGCCAGUGAGACAGAAGAGGACCUGGUAUUGUGAUAUAACCCUCCCAUCGUCUCCCCCCUGCAUCCCUCCUGCUCGUUGACCAUCCUUCUCUCCGAGGCCUCGUCUGGCUGGCUUGAGCUCCUCCCCGACUCCCCCACCUCCCUCGACUCCUGCUGUGGAUUAACAACUUUUAUCAGGACUAUCAGCUGACCAGAAAGCUCCUGAUCACAGGGCGCGGCCCGUUUUGGGCCCAGUUCCGGUCCAGUCUCAGUCCAGUCUCUGCUGCAGCAUGGCAGGUCUACCGUUCUGUUUGGCUGCGAUGGCCGCUGCUCUCCUGCUGACCCUCAGAGCUGACGCUGCAGGUCAGAACCCGGACCACGUCCUGCAGGGGACAGGGGUGAAACCCGAGGCUCGGCGGCCCGGUGAGGACUCGACCAUUCCACCCGAGGACGCCGCCCGUUUCCUCACCUGCUACUGUUCCGGACACUGUCCAGAGGACGCCACCAACAAUACCUGCCAGACCAACGGUCAGUGCUUCGCCAUCAUCGAGGAGGAUGAGCACGGCGAGGCCAUUCUCACCUCUGGCUGCAUGAAGUAUGAAGGCUCACACUUCCAGUGCAAGGACUCUCCCAAUGCUCAGACCAGGAGGACAAUCGAGUGCUGCAACACUGACCUCUGCAACAGAGACUUACAGCCCACCCUCCCCCCUCAGGCCCCCGCCGAAGGCAGCCCCCACUGGCUGGCCUUCCUCAUCUCCAUGACGGUCUGCUGCUGCACUCUGAUCUGUGUCACCGUGGUCUGUUACUACAGGUAUAAAUGGCAGAGUGAGCGUCAGCGGUAUCACAAGGAUCUGGAGCAGGAGGUCUUCAUUCCUGUUGGAGAGUCACUCAAAGACCUCAUCCACCAAUCACAGAGCUCCGGCAGUGGCUCCGGGCUCCCCCUGCUGGUGCAACGGACCAUUGCCAAGCAGAUCCAGAUGGUGCGUCAGAUCGGUAAGGGGAGGUACGGCGAGGUGUGGCUGGGCCGCUGGAGGGGAGAGAAGGUCGCUGUCAAAGUCUUCUUCACCCGAGAGGAAGCCAGCUGGUUCAGAGAGACGGAGAUCUACCAGACGGUCCUGAUGAGACACGAAAACAUCCUUGGCUUCAUCGCGGCUGACAUUAAAGGUACCGGCGCCUUCACGCAGCUCUUCCUCAUCACCGACUACCACGAGAACGGCUCUCUGUACGACUACCUGAAGCUGACCACGCUGGACACGCAGACUCUUCUGCGGCUGGCGUACUCCGCCGCCUGCGGCCUCUGUCACCUGCACACCGAGAUCUACGGCACGCAGGGCAAGCCGGCCAUCGCCCACCGAGACCUGAAGAGCAAGAACAUCCUGAUCAAGAAGAACGGCGCCUGCUGCAUCGCCGACCUCGGCCUCGCCGUCAAGUUCAACAGUGACACUAACGAGGUGGACGUCCCUCUGAGCACCCGGGUGGGGACGAGGCGCUACAUGGCCCCCGAGGUCCUGGACGAGAGCCUCAACAAGAACCACUUCCAGGCUUACAUCAUGGCCGACAUGUACAGCUACGGCCUCGUCAUCUGGGAGAUGGCCAGACGCUGCGUCACCGGAGGUAUUGUGGAGGACUACCAGCUGCCGUAUUAUGAGAUGGUGCCCUCUGACCCGUCUUAUGAAGACAUGCUGGAGGUGGUUUGCGUUAAAGGACUGCGGCCCACAGUGUCCAACCGCUGGAACAGUGACGAGUGCCUUCGGGCCAUGCUGAAGCUGAUGUCGGAGUGCUGGGCUCAUAACCCCGCCUCCCGCCUCACCAUCCUCAGAGUGAAGAAGACGCUCGCCAAGAUGGUGGAGUCCCAGGACAUCAAGAUCUGACCACCCUCAUCCUCCUCCUCCUCCCCCUCUUCGUCCCACCUGAACCCAGAACACACGCAUCCUGUCCUGGACCUGAUCAGGCUCAGUGCACCCCUCUUCAUCAGGACGAGGAAGAGGAGAAGUUGGGAGAUAAUAAUGGACCCAUUUCAGGGCUGAACUGUGCCUCUCUUCCUCCUCCUCCUCCUUCCUCCAUCUUCAGUCUAUCUGGAAACAAACAUGGAGUCCUUCCUUUUCCUCCUCCUCUUCCUCCUCUCUCUGCCAGGUUUGACGCUUUCUGUGAAAGCCAAACGAGACGAUAAAGAUAAUUUUGACGGAGGGGAGAGGAGGGGGUCUCUUGAUGCUCGCUGUGAAUAGACAGGACGCGGGUCCACGUCGCCUUCCUCCACUUCUGCCUGUUUCAAAACGCUCAAAAAUGCCAACUUUUUUGUUGUUAUUUUCUCUUCAGGACUGAGUUCUCCUGCCAUAUUGAAAUAUAUCUCCACUCUAAAAAGUAGAGUUAAUUAUAAGAAAAGGUACUAUUAUAAUAUGUGAAUUUUAAUGUGUAAAUAAAUGUUAUCAUUAGAUGCCGUGCCUACUCAUGAGAGGAUUUAAAAAAAAAAAAAAAACAGAACACUAUGCUGCAGUGGUGUUGACGUCCAGCCGACUCCAGGAGACGAUGAUGGAGUCACUACGGAGACGUCUACCGUCCUGUCUGUCUGUCCGUCUGUCUGUCCACAUCUUGUCUGUCUGUCGCUCGUUUGUCAGGAGAUUGAUCAGUUAUAAAGAGGUUGAGCUGCUCUGGUGGCACGAAGACAUCUGAUUGGUUGAGUUAAACCUCAGUGGGUGGGGCCAAAAGGACCCGAGUGCCAAUAGAGAGAUAAAGUCCCUCCCCUUCCUGUAUACCCCAUUAGGGCUGGGUAUCGUUUACUAAAGUACGAUGUCGGUACCAAUACCAGUCCCCUGAUAGUGAUACUGAUACCAAUACAGUAGGUUGCUUCAGAAUGGAAGCUGUGUGCGUGUGUGUUUGUGUGUGUGAGUGUGUGUGUGUGUGUGUGUGUGUCUGUGUGUCUGUGUGUGUGUGUAGCGUAACGCCCACCCUCCAGUUCCCCCCCAGGUUUAAACUGUUAGCUCUGUCAGCAAUGUUGCGGCUGUUCACACUGUUAGCACGGUUAGCUGCUAGCCACCGGCUCAGACAUCUCCGUGUUCAGGGCCGUGUGCAGACAGGCGAUCCCGGCUGUAUGGGGGUUGUAGCUGCUGCAGUAGUGGACCAAUCACACGUCGCAUUAAAUCAAAGAAAGCUUGCGGUGAUUAGCCACGAACAACGCCAUACAAACAGUCCUCUUUUAAUAGAUCUGGGCACAAAAAGGAUCAAACGCAGGUAUCAUUUGACUGGAGAAGUUUCAAUAGUACUCGGUACUGGGUUAUUCAGGUCGAUAUCUUAAAGGUAUCGAGUAUCGAUCCCCGGCUCUGUCCUACAUGGGACCUUAUUUCGGAAAAAAAUCCGUCCGGUAGUCAACGGCGAGAGACGAAUCAUUUUUUGAUCGUGUUUGAAUUCCGUCAUGAAUCACACAUAUGAUGUUUGUCAAUUUAAAAGAUCAUUUUGCAAGUCACAAAAGUCCCGUCACCGGCACCACUUUUGGGUGUGUAGUCUAAUUGCGUAUUUUCACAGUACUUUAACAAUCACAAUGACAAACAUGGUAUGUGUGCUCGUAUGGUUCACAGCACAAUUCAGGAUCAGAAAACUAUUUGUCUCUCGCCGUUAACUACCGUACAUAUUUUUUCCUAAAUGCGGUCCCAUGGUGGUCCACCGGAAGGGGGCAGGACUUCACUUCUCUAUCCUGAACAAGAACUGAAGCAAUAGGCAAAAGUAUCAAAGUAAAUAGGUUUACAUUUAACUCCUUUCAGCUGAAUAACAAUAAAUAAUACAGAAGCUAAAAAUAAAUAAAAAGGUGUAGAAAACAAAAUGCGUAACAGAAAAACAAAUAUUGAUAAAUAGAACCAGAAUGUGUUAGGGUGGAUCUUCAUAAUAAUAUUGGAUCUGUAAUAAGCUGUUUGGGUUCAACAUUUACCGUCUGAAAGAGCAACCGAGUGUUUGAAGAGGUUUGUCUCGAGGACACCCAGCUAUUGAAUUACGGAUUUCGUGCUGGUUCGAAUUAGUUCAAACUUCACUUUUUGAAGAAGUGACAGCCCGGGUACCCGUUCUGGUUCCCAAGACCUUUGAAUUAACGCCCACAUCUCCUAAUUUGUUUUAUAAUCCAAUGAAGUCUGGUGCUGCGCUCGUUGACUGCUGGUUGGGAAAACGCACCGAUGAGAGCUCUGUAAGUGCCGUUAAGAUUUCAGGCGUCAUUUUAGUACUAAAUAAUAGUAAAUUAAGUCAUAUAACUUUAUUUUUAGACUUCAGUAUGAAGUAUGUUUGACAAAAAAAAACUACUAGCUUCUUUUUUUCUUUUUGUUUGACAGGAAAAACCUACUGGUAUGUCAAAAUUAAGAUAUUAUGGCUUAAAAUUCUGAGAUACAAAGAGAUAAAUAUGAUGUAAAAAGACACAUUCUUGACUUUUAGAAGUCAAUAUUUUGAUUCAAAAUCUAAAGUGUUAACAUAUUUUAACUUGUGUUUUUUGACUUUACUUUCACCAUCUCCUAACGUUAGCUUCUCAUCUGGAAUGGAAAAGACUGACAAAGGACAAAGGAAAUGAAGCAAAGGAGUUAUUUCACGGAUUUAUUUUAGUAUUUCUUUCAUACCCAACACAAUACAAAAGUCUCUGACAUAAAUACGGUAAAUGUUAAAACUGUAAAUUGAAAAUAAAAUCAAACUAAGUGAGCAUCUUUGUCGCUCAGAUAGUCUAAAAAGUGUUCGUAGAUGAACUUUGCUGCUCCCACUCGGGUUUCACUCGUCCAAUCAGACAUAAGAUUCAUUUAUUUCAAAAUAAGAUUUGAUGUUUCUUCAUUCUACGGCAUUAAAAUCAUUAUUUCAGUUGCAUUUCGGGACAAAACUUUGUCAUUUAUAAUAUUUGGGAAACCAGUCCAGAAUGUGUUUAGCCUAGCUUAGCACAAAGACUGGAAGCGGGGGGAAACUGUUAGCCUAGCACAAUAAAAAGAAACCUCUAAAUAUUUCAGAUUUGUUUGAUAUGUUUUAUCUUGUUUAUUGAACAGGUGUAGAAACAGAAAGAAAAUAGACAUUUAGAAGCAGUUAGCUACUUGGAGCUAGGCUAGCAGUUUGCCCCUGCUUCCAGUCUUUGUGCUAAGCUAGGCUAAACACACCCUGGGCCUCUCUCUCUGUACUGGACUCAGAGAUGGAUCUGAAAUGUUAGACUGGUCCUUUAAACUGUUACGUGUUGGUUUUCUCUCCUCAGCAGCGGGACGACGUGCACGUGUUGGCUUGGUGUGUGUGUGUGAGUGUUUGUGUGUGUGUGUGGGUGAAUGAAGCUAACCGUUCAUACAGUUCACAUUUAAGAGCAGUAACUUAGUGUUUUUCUCUAUAAUAAAUAUGCAAGUAAAAGUCCCCGUAUAGGAAUAAUCUCUAAUAUGUAAAUGUGUAAUGUUUUUGUUUUGGUGUUGUUGUUGUUUUGUACAGCAUCUGGUUCGGUGCCUUAUGAGUUUACCAAGGAAAUGAAAACUCUGUAUACAGUCUGUCCAAUGUAACGAUUUUUAAGUAAAUAACCUUAUUUUAGUACACAA